CAUCGACACGAACCUCCGUGAAUGUUGACGACACGAGGCCGAUUCAAUUCUGACAUUUCUGAUUGUCAGUCAGAGUCAGUGGCCGGCCGUGUUACGUCGCGGUGCUAGUUCAGUUUCGGCAGUGUUGUCGGCAAGUCGGUCGCGAGCCGCACGCCUCGCGCAGUGAUAUCAAAUAAUAGUGACCUUCCAACUUCCUUGUUGUGUGAUCCUGCGUAGUAACUGUUGGCUCUCUGUGCUCAUAUAGCCUUCAAGAUGUCGGAGGACCUCGCGCAGGAGCUGCUGCAGGAGGCGGAGGGCUCGCUGUUCAGCACCUUCGACAUGAUCAUCCUCACCGCGCUGCUCGGCGCCACCGUCUGGUGGCUCUACAGCUCCAGAAAGGAAAACAAAAAAGAUGAAAUACUUCUCACCAAAUAUUCCAUUCAGCCGGCGGGCAACAUCCAGGUGACGGAGAACUCGUUCAUCAAGAAGCUGCAGUCGUCGGGGCGGCGGCUGGUGGUGUUCUACGGCUCGCAGACGGGCACGGGCGAGGAGUUCGCCGGCCGGCUGGCCAAGGAGGGCGUUAGGUACAAGAUGAAGGGCAUGGUGGCCGACCCCGAGGAGUGUGACAUGGAGGAGCUGACGCAGCUGAAGAACAUCGAGAACUCGCUGGCCGUGUUCUGCGUGGCGACGUACGGCGAGGGCGACCCCACCGACAACGCCAUGGAGUUCUUCGAGUGGCUCAAGAACGGCGAGCCCGACCUCUCCGGACUCAACUAUGCAGUGUUUGGUCUUGGCAACAAGACGUACGAGCACUACAACUCGGUGGCCAUCUACAUGGACAAGCGGCUGGAGGAGCUCGGAGCCACGCGGGUGCAUGAGCUCGGCCUCGGGGAUGAUGAUGCCAACAUCGAGGACGACUUCAUAACCUGGAAGGAGAAGUUCUGGCCGUCUGUCUGCUCGCGCUUCAACAUCGAGAGCGCGGGCGAGGAGGAGCUGGUGCGCCAGUUCCGGCUGCUGCGGCACGCGCCCGGCGAGCUGCCGGACACGCAGGUCUUCACCGGCGAGAUGGCCCGGCUCAACUCGCUGCACACGCAGAGACCGCCGUUCGACGCGAAGAACCCGUUCCUGGCGGAGAUUAAAGUCAACCGUGAACUGCACAAGGGCGGGGACCGCUCGUGUCUGCACGUCGAGCUCGACAUCUCCGGCUCCAAGAUGCGAUAUGAAGCCGGCGACCACGUGGCGAUCUACCCGACCAACGACUCCGCUCUAGUCGAGCGACUGGGCCAGCUGUGCGGCGCGUCCCUAGACGACGUGUUCUCACUGAUCAACACGGACACGGACAGCAGCAAGAAGCAUCCGUUCCCGUGCCCCACCUCGUACCGCACGGCGCUCAGCCACUACGUGGAGAUCACGGCGUUGCCGCGCACGCACAUCCUGCGCGAGCUGGCUGAGUACUGCACGGAUGAGGAGGACAAGAAGAAGAUGCUCCUAAUGUCGACCAACAGCACGGAGGGCAAAGCUCUAUACCAGUCAUUCGUGGCGGAGGCGGCGCGGCACGUGGCGGCCAUCCUCGAGGACGUGCCGUCGUGCCGCCCGCCGCUCGACCAUCUGUGCGAGCUGCUGCCGAGGCUGCAGCCGCGGUACUACUCUAUUAGCUCCAGCCCCAAGCUGCACCCGGACACGGUGCACGUGACGGCGGUGGUGGUCCAGUACUCCACGCCCACCGGCCGCGUCAACAAGGGCGUCACCACCACGUGGCUGGCGCAGCGCCGCCCCGCGCCCGGCGCGCCCGCGCCCAAGGUGCCCAUCUACAUUAGGAAGUCACAGUUCAGACUGCCGCUGCAGCCGCAGACGCCCAUCAUCAUGGUGGGCCCGGGCACGGGGCUGGCGCCCUUCCGCGGGUUCCUGCAGGAGCGCGCCGCCGCCCGCGCCGCCGGCCGCCCCACCGGCGAGGCGCUGCUCUACUUCGGGUGCCGGCAUAAGGACCAGGACUAUAUUUAUCAGGAGGAACUUGAAGAGUUCGAGCGCAACGGCGACGUGCAGCUGAAGCUGGCCUUCUCGCGCGACCAGCCCGAGAAGGUGUACGUGACGCACCUGCUGCAGCGCGACCUGGCGCAGCUGUGGGACCUGCUCGGCAACCAGAACGCGCACUUCUACAUCUGCGGUGACGCGAAGAACAUGGCGGUGGACGUGCGCAACCUGGUGCUGCGCGCGGUGCGCGAGUGUGGCGGCCGCAGCGAGGCCGAAGCGCAGCAGUUCCUCAAGCGCCUCGAGUCCAUGAAGAAGUACUCCGCCGACGUGUGGAGCUAGACCACUAGUCAUACACAUCCGGGGCUCUGAAGACGAAUAUGUGCUGUCGAAACUUUGAAUUCUUUGUUGUGAUUUUGUGUAAGGAGUUCAAAGUUUUGGUGGUGGAGAAUUUAGGAUUUCCGUCUUGAGAAUUAGCUCCAGUAGGGCACGUCCUUUACGCACAGUCAGCAGCUGACUGGGAGGUGGAUAGCCCUGACACACGGCUGCAUGUGUCUGUUGCUCGGGCACACAUCAUUCCAUUCUGUAGUCUGACAUAAUGUGAACUAUGUGUUAUGAAUAUGUCUUCCUAUAUGCGAGGCGUUUCACUUGUCUUCAGAUACUAUUUUUCUACAUAUUUGCCAGUUAAAGAAAGCCUCGAUUGAGCCCGCAGCAACAUUCACGUGCUAUUGUUUCGUUUACAUUUUAAUAGUCAAUUGAUUAAAUUAAAUAUCUGCGGAGUCGCUAAUAGUAUUCAUGAACUGCUGAUCCAUUGCUCUAUUACUGUGUAAAUAGACCUAACACAUUGUGAUAAUUAAUUAUUAGACAAUGAUGGGAACAAACGACCACUACUUAUGUUGUAAGUACAGUAAUCCGACCACUUUGAUCAUAACGUUAAGUACAGCUAUGCCACAUAAAUAGGUAUACCUAAUCAUUUAAUUUAGUAACAAAUUGAAGUUACUUAAGUAAAUGGAGAUAAUGUUUUCUAUGAGUGAAUAAUAAGUAAAUUUUACGAAUUCAUAACAAAUUGACUUGAAUGAGAGUAGGUGAGCGUCACUGUAUACUGUAGUAAAGCAUUCGUAUACAAGGAAGUUGUAAACGCACAUCGGAACUACGCUAAUAAACUGACCUGCGCCAGGUAUGAAAAUGAAUCCACCUACUUUAUAUCCCGGCUUGAUACAUCUAAUUUAAAAUUGAGAAAUUAUUUUUGGUGGUUUUUAUUUAUCCUGAAUUUUAUUUUUGUUGACUAUAAACAUACUAAUACUACAUAUACUUCAUGUAAAUAAUAAUCGGCCAAAUUAUCAGCUUAGGAGUUGUAACGCACACUCUCAUUGGUUCAUGUUGGUGUACUGUGCGCCGGUCAGUCCGUCGUUCCGUCGCGGUUGUUAUAGUUGUGCAGACGAGUUUAUGUAUUGUUGGCACCUAAUAAAGUUUUAUUAAGUGGACUGGGCAUAGAUCUAAGGACAUAAUAAUGUUGUGUAAUUUUUAUAUUAUAAUGUGAGUUAAUUUACAAUAUAAUUUAUUUCUUA